UUUUUCAGUUCCAAAAAAAUAAUUAAUUGUGUUGCGCUGUCAGAAUGAGAAAAAAAAUAUUUCGGUGGAAUGAAAAGUUAUUAUUUUCCUAAAUACGUCAGUGAAUGCAUUUUUUAAGAUUUUGUUUGGCAAAUUAAACAAAAAAUAUAACGUGAAUAACUUUUGUCGAACAACAUUUCAAGAAAAAAACCAACUGAAAAUAUCGGGAAGGAAAUACGAAAAGAUACGGUAACAACGAAACGAGAAAAACAAUAGAAAAAUAGUUAAAUUUAUUUAGAUUAAUAGUCUCAACGAAAAACAAAUUAGAGUAAAACAACAAACUAGUUUAGUUUUAGAAAUAUAUUUGGCUUUUAAGAUUGAAAUAAGAAUAAAAUUACUUUCGUUGCAAUCCCAUACGCGUAUUUCACAACGUAUUCCGUGUGUUGUUGAUAUUGGGUUUUUGUGUGUGACACCAAGAAAAAGUGUGUAAAUAUUGAAAACAUAUUGAGACAAAGAAAUUCCAUAGCCAAAAGAAUUUAAAGCAGCGCCAAUUAUUCUUACAUCUCUACCACCCCGCCCGAUCUUCUUCAAAAAGAACAUUACAAUCACCCACAGAUUCAUUUUCCCCCAGUUUGUGAUUUUGUUAAAUGAUGGCCAAAAAUGGCGGCUAAACCACCAAAGCCGCCAGGGAAUUUUCUAAAAAAUCCAAACAACAAUAACUCUAUCAAUCACAACAAUAACAACGACAACAACUGUAACAACACCAAUAAUAAUACGUGUGAAACCAAUAGCAGCCGCAACAACAACAACAACCACGCCAACAGCAACGGAGACGAUUCAUUAGCAGCAGCCAUUGCAAAUACCUGUAAUGCCCACUCUCCCACAACUGGCAAGAAAUCCACGUGCAAUUGUACAAAUAUAACUAUAAUGCACUUGUUUCAUGAGAUGAAACAAGAAUUUCCAACGAUACCCGAUAAUAUUGUGACCCAGUGUGUCAACGAGAAUUGCCAUCAGCGUGAGCAGUGCAUUCGAAUGUUGAGAAAUGAAUUGGAGCUGAAUCCAAUACCAGUUCAAAGUUAUCCUGCCAAAGUUCUACAUCCGCCAAAUACAAAUUCAAAUAACGGCAAUCUGCAAUACAAUAACGUCGGCACUGCAUCAACAACUACAACACCAACACCGACAGCAGCACCAACACCAACAACGGUCAAUGUCAAACCUCCGCUGCAGCAAAAGCCCAUUGUGCAACAAAAGCCACCAUUGAAGCCACCACUGAAACCCAUUAGACCAGCACCACUACAACCACCUCCCAAUAAGCCAAAUUCACCACUGCUGCAGAGAAACGUUUCCCUGCCAGUUGAUAACAGUAAUUAUCCAGCUCGGCGUCAUCCACUCAACAAACAGAUAACCAUAUCUGGCGUAGAAUACUUGGAAACGGCGACGACAGGUGGUGUUGCUGCUACGGCAUUGGAUGGUGACGACGCUAUCAACGAAAUGAAAUUAAAUGAUAUGCCAACAACAAAAACCCCAGUCAUACAAAAACGAGAGCAAGAGCACCAGACCUCCGUCAGUUCACCACACAAAGAGUUGAACAACAACAGCAACAACAAUGGCAAUAAUGGAUGCAUAGAGAGCAACAGUUGUAUUGGUGAGACGACGCCAGCUGCUGGUGCUGCUGUUAAUACACCUCAACCCAGAGCCAGACCCACAACGCUCAAUUUGAAUAGUCAACAGCAGCAGCAACAACAACAACGCCAGCGUUUAAAUGUGCAAUUGCAAGAGCAUUCUUUACAACAACGUCAUAAGCAGCAACAGCAGCAGCCAACGACAGCCACAACAACAAAACCCGUGCGUAAAGCCCCUCUGCCUCCCAUAGCCCCCAAACCUAACUCACUAACGUCUACACAACCUCAGCACCAUCAUGCAAACCCCCCGUUCAAUUCAGGCAACAACAACAAUAACAACACAACAACGGCUGGUGAUUCUCUCUCCACUCACACAGCGAGUAGUAGUCCCCUAUCGGAAUCAGAGAUUUCCGUUAAUGUCUCAAUAUCAACGCCCCCUUCUCCCACAUCAUCGACAUCAUCGUCGUCUAAAACUCACCACCAACACAACAGUUCACCACAAAACAAAUCGCCAAUACGCCACCGUUCAGUCAUAACAUUACAACCCGAGCCACCGUAUACGCGUGAUUUUUUCCAACAGACGACAACUUUUGCCACUACACCCGGCGGUACAACAGCUCCGCUAACUCCAACCACCACAACAGCGUUCAACUCGUCGUCGUCAGUGGUGUCAUCACCCACAAAUUCGGGUAACUCGCAAAAAAGUUAUACUUCGGUUAAUCUCACGCUGAGGCCACCCACCACGGUCCUGAAUUCUGCACUGCAACCAUCGGCCAUUGAUAUAACGGCCGGACCUGGUUUCUCAGGGGCCAGCGGUGGUGGCAAACAUCUAUCGUAUUCGAGUACAUCGUACGAUGCCCGCUUGGGUUAUCAGCAAAAUUUCCACAUAACCGUAACGGAUGAAGGUGGCGUAUUCAGUGCCAGUCGCCGGCGUCCACAGCGUAUUGCGGGCCAACAACAACAAGUAAAUAUCUGUGAAAAUCAAUACGAUGGUAAUUCGGAUGGUGAUGAUAAAUGUAAUCAUGUAAAUUCUUUAUAUGCCGAACAGCAACAACAAAUACAACAGCUGCAGUCGAAACAGUAUUCAAAACAACUGCAACAACAGCAUCAACAACAAUUUCACAAUAACAACAGCAAAGCUCUCAUUGAGCUACAACAGCCGCAGCAGCAGCAUCGAAAUAAUCCAAAUAAUUUGAAAUCACCACAGGGCAUUGGUAGCGGUGAUUUUGGCAGUAUGUGUCUGGCGCCACAACAAGCUGAGGAUGAAAUUGUUGCCGAGGUCUUGGAACGGCAAAAGAAACGACGUGAUAAACUGGCAGCGGCACUGCGUGAAAACAAGAAACGUCUGGGCCAGGUGGAACAAGAAGUCAAUUUAAUAACAGGUACCAUACCAGAUGGUUUAGCUGAAAGACUGGAUACAGAAAUACAGAGAUUAAGGUCUGAAUGUCAAGCAAUGCUGAGGAGUAGCAAUCCAAUGGCCAAUCAACAUAGGCCUCCACCACAACAGCAACAGCAACAAACACCACAACCAUUCCCAAGACAACGAUGUGUCAGACCACCAGCGCGACCGCCACCACCACGUCAAACCAGCCUAGACAUAAUACAACAUCAUUCAACAACAACACCCACAACACCUCACACACCUGCCUCUUUGCCAAAUUUCAACAAUUCGACUCUAUCGUCGUCGACGACUUCCCUACUGGGGCCAAGUUUUACGCAUCAACAAUAUCAACAUUCGCAUUCACUAUCUCCAUCAAUAUAUUCACAACAACAACUGCAACAGCAGCAGCAACAACAAUCGCCGUUAUCUUAUCAACCACCACCAACAGCAUCGCACCAUUCAGAUUUCAUUCCGUCAUCGUCAUCAUCGUCGGGUACCUACAACGGCCUGAUUGAUUCGGAUACCGAUAAUGGUGACUAUGAUGACGACGACGAUGAGGAGCAAAUUGAGCACUGGGAGUGCAGUAUGUGUACAUUCCGUAAUCAUCCGCAAUUGAAUAUUUGUGAAUGCUGUGACAACGUGAGAAUAUUGCCUGAACCAGUACUUAGUAGAGAGGAUAUACAUAUAACCUUGUCACCAGGGGAGAACAGAAUCAUACACUCUUGGAUUGUCUCAUGACCCAAUGCAAAAAGAUCAUAACAACCAUGCUGAUUUGCUCAGUUCUGGUGUCUGUAUGAUCUAAUUAUUUGGUUGUAGUCCUCGGCUAUAAAGUGGAGCAUUCACAUGAUUCAUUACGUAAAAUACGUAUGUGGUGUAGAUGCGGAAUGGGAACUACUACUGUUCUGAACUUUAAAUAUCUGAAGUUCGUAGCUUCAUGACUGACUCUACACAAACCUGACUUUGGACAAUGACGCGGGAAGUUUUCAACAACAUUGUUUGGUGGUUUACACCGGAACAAUUUAUUUGCCAAAGGUUUUCAAGGCAUUGAAAAAAUACUUUCCUAGGAAGUAUGUAUCCGCGGCCAAGGAAUAAAUAUUAGCUUUGCAAACCCCUUUUUUAAUGAAAAAAUAUUUGUGGAACAAAAAAGCAAGGUUCUUUUUCACACAUUUCAAACAGAGAUGAUGUGCUUGAAGGCUUAUUUCUGGAAAACUUCUAGAAUUUUUGUAUUUUCUAAUGUAAAACUUUAUAUAAUUGUAUUUGUAAAUCAUAAUUAUAAGAUUAAAUAUAUAUUAUUAAAUAAAUGAGGAAGAGGUUAGUAAAUUUGUAAAAUAAUUGUGAAUUAAUGAAAACUUUUAAAGCUGCUGGCAGCUUUCAAUCUUUUGUGAUUUAGGUUAUGUUUAUUACUCUUAUAAUUAUUAUUAUUAUUGCUCUACAAAAUAAGUAACGAAAUUAAAACCACAAUUUUUAGGCAAAAGACUUUGUAUUUUUGAAAUAAACUUAACUGUAUUUGAAAUAAACUUACCUGCUUAUUAAUAAAUUGCGUAUGUAUACAUUUCAAAUUCAAUUGUAAAGUAACAGAACAAUAAAUGAAGCCACUUUUUGAUACAUUUUCGGAACAAAAAAUAAAACAUUUAUAUAUUUCCAUCUACCCCAGAGAAGAUUUUAUUGAAUUGCAGAUACAUUGUAAAUAAGUUUAGCUAGCAACGAAGAUAACGAAAUUCGAAAUAGCCAAAUCCAAUAAAUAAACGUUACCAGAAAGUUCAAUACAAAUAUUAUUAUUUAUUUAUUUUUUGCAAAAAUAUUCAAUAAAAUCAAUAUUCAGUUUUAAUAUCAACAGCA